AUGUCUGUGAAAAAAAAGAGAAAAUCCACUGCCGAGGAAGUGAAUGUGAAGAAAUGUAGAAUUACAAGCUAUUGCAGGACACAGACAGCCAGUAGAAUAAUAAAUGAAGACUUGUUUUCAAGCAAAAAGUGCCUGGCUUGGUUUUAUGAGUAUGCAGGUCCAGAUGAAAUUGUUGGGCCAGAAGCAAUGGAAAAAUUCUGUGAGGAUAUAGGUGUAGAACCAGAAAACAUAAUUAUGUUGGUUCUUGCAUGGAAAUUAGAGGCAGAAAAUAUGGGCUUUUUCACAAAAGAGGAGUGGUUGAAAGGAAUGACCUCUCUACAAUGUGACUGCACAGAGAAGUUACAGGGUAAAUUUGACUAUCUUCGGGCGCAACUGAACGAUAACACUGCCUUUAAGAAUAUUUACAGAUAUGCAUUUGAUUUUGCAAGGGACAAAGUCCAGCGGAGUCUGGACAUAGAUACUGCAAAAACUAUGUUGGCACUUUUACUUGGAAGAACAUGGCCAUUAUUUUCUGUGUUCUACCAGUACCUGGAGCAGUCCAAAUACAGAGUAAUGAACAAAGACCAGUGGUAUAAUGUAUUAGAAUUCAGUCGGACCGUUAAUUCCGAUCUUAGUAACUAUGAUGAAGAUGGUGCCUGGCCAGUUCUUCUCGAUGAAUUUGUUGAGUGGUAUAAACAUCGUCCCUCAUUAUAG